AGCAAUUCAAGUAGCUCCACUUGAUUGACACUCGUUGCUGUGCUUCUGAGUUGUUGAUGGAGUCCAAGAAAUCCAACAAGAUCACCGACAUUGUGCGGCUCCGGCAAAUGAUCAAGAAGUGGAAGAAGCUCGCAGUGGGGUCGACGUCCAAGACGAGCGCCUCUGCUGCCCCCACCGCCGGUGGGGGCGGAGGCGGGGGCAGCAAGAGCAUCAAGUUCCUGAAGAGGAAGCUGUCCUUCUCUGAGUCGAACUAUUCUUCUUCUUCCUCUUCUGGUUAUUCUACAUCAUCGUCGGUGCCGAAGGGGUACCUGGCGGUAAGCGUGGGGGUGGAGCAGCGUCGGUUCGUGAUACCAACAGAGUACCUGGCGCACGGGGCGUUCGCGGCACUGCUGAAGGAGGCGGAGGAGGAGUUUGGGUUUGGGCAGGAAGGCGUGCUGCGGAUCCCGUGCGAGGUGGGCCUGUUCCAGGGCAUCCUGAAGGUGGUGGAGAAGAACAAGGACUGCCGAUGCCAUUUAUGGUACUGCUCUCCGGAGGCAGAGAUCCCUGGUGGCGCUCGCCAGCUGCCGCCCAAGCCUGUGUGCAGAUGAUCAGUGGACUAGUACCACUCCUUCCAUGGCGUGGGAUGAUCAUCGAUGAUGAUCUCCCCCUGGAAUCCGGGGUUUCUUCUGAUUAAUCAUGUUUGUUGUUGAGUUUGAAUUGUGAUGGAAAUGAAGAACAAGUAAUGAAGCUGAAGAAGACGAUCUGCUAGAUGUUUCCAUUUUUUAGUGGUUCAUUCAAUUA